AUGCACGGGGAGAACAUCCUAUUGGGCAAUGCUGACAAGCCCGGGCAGGUGCACCCCUUGGCCACCUUUUUCCACCUGUUUUUCCGAGUGAGCGCCAUCGUCACCUACGUGUGCUGCGACUGGUUCAGCAGGAGCUUUGUGGGCUGCUUUGUCACUGUGCUUCUCCUCCUGUCCUUGGACUUCUGGUCUGUGAAGAACGUGACGGGCAGACUCAUGGUGGGCCUCCGGUGGUGGAACCAGAUAGACGAAGAUGGGAAGAGCCACUGGGUGUUUGAAGCCAGGAAGGUCUCUCCAAACGCCGUCGCGGCCACUGAAGCUGAGGCGCGGAUCUUCUGGCUCGGCCUCAUCAUCUGCCCCGUGAUCUGGAUCGUCUUCUUCUUCAGCACCCUGUUCUCCCUGAAGCUGAAGUGGCUGGCUCUCGUGAUUGCUGGGAUUUCUCUCCAAGCUGCGAACCUGUAUGGCUACAUCCUCUGUAAGAUGGGAGGAGAGAGUGACCUCAGCAAAGUCACAGCCAGUUUUCUGUCCCAGACGGUAUUCCAGACGGUUUGCCCAGGAGACUUCCAGAAGCCUGGCCUUGAGGAGGUACACCAACGUUAG